AUGAAACUGAGCACACUUUUUGAACGCAUAUCACGCAACACAUUUGGAAGGACCUCACGACACAAAGGUGUGAUUGUUACGAUAACAAAGACUUUCCUUAUGUCGAAUAUGAAUUCCCAAAUAGCAAAGAUGUAUCCGGAUGCGGAAGGCAGAGCCCCGCCCAUCCCAUCGCUAUCAGCUGAUGGUCAGGAUGUCCACAGGUAUAUAAGGGACGGCUGCCGCUUUACCCGACAGACAGCUCCUCGACGGUGGGUCAACAUGAACGCUCUGACUGUGAUUUCCGUGGCAGCCCUCGUGGCUAGCGGCAGCGCCUCCUUGCUUGCAUACAACGGCGUAUAUGGAGGUCAUCACGGCCUUCUUGGCGCCUAUCCUUAUGCAGGUUAUUCUGGUCUGCACCCUUACUCAUACGCAGGUGUCCUUCCUACAGCUGCUCAUCUCAACCUCAAAACACCUGUGGUCAACACCGUGGCUCCUGCACCUGUCUCCUACAACGUAGCUCCCUUCGCACCUGUAGCACCUGUCCAGUCUCAGUACCACGCUCAGGAUGAGCUCGGUCAGUACUCCUUCGGUUAUGCUGGCGGUCCUUCUUCACGCGCUGAGUCUCGCGACGCCUUCGGUGUUGUCCGUGGUUCAUACAACUACGUGGACUCUGAGGGUAAGGUUCAGACUCAGCACUACGUGGCCGACGCCCUCGGAUUCCGUGUAUCCGGCACCAACCUUCCAGUGGCUCCCGACGCCCCUGUAGCUGCUCCUCUGGCCGCCCUUCCCGGUCCCCUUCCCGAACCCGUCCAGGACACUCCUGAAGUAGCCGCCGCUAAGGUCGCCCAUCAGCAGGCUUACGAUGAAGCUGCAGCCGCCGCCGCUGCCGCCCCCGAUACCCGCAAGAAGCGCUCUGUCCUUGCGGCUCCCGGCCUCGGCGUCUACUCUCCUCUCCGUUUCUCCUACGGCUUCUCCACUCCCCUCCACUACGCCCACCCAGCAUCCUAUGCUUCUCCUCUUCACUACACUGCCGGCAAUCCCGCCCUCACCACCUACAACGCCGCCCACGUCCCCACCACAUACGCUGCCGCCGCCGGACCCGCUCUCCGUGACGCCGAGCUCCUCCGUGUGGUCCACAACCCCGGCCACGCCACCUCCUACCGCGUGCUCAACUGA